CAGUUUCAGGAGUCCUGAGCCCUCGGAGCCUGAGACAAAAGCGGGGACCGGGAGGGAAGCGAGGAAGGAGGGAAGCAAGGCGGCGCCGCCGCCGGAGGGAGACGGAGGGACGACUGCCAGUCAGUGGGGCCGCCGCCGCCGGCCGAGGGGCCCCGGGCUGCGCCAUCCUCCCCGUCCGCAGAGCCUCUUUUGGAGGCAGCGCCUGGGCAGCGACUCCGCCAGUCGGGCGGCGAGGCUGAGGGAAAGUUUGCUCGGCUCCUUCGCGGUCCGUCCAGAGCGAGGCGGAUUGUGGCCCCAGAAGGAGGCGGCGGCGGCGGAGGUCUCCAGCGGCAGAUUUCCCCCGCCGCCCUCCCGGCCUCAACAAAAGCCCCGGGAGGGAAAGAAGGAAGGAGGCCGGAGCCGGAUCCCGGUCAGGGCUUCCCGGCGGCUGCCUCGAGGCUCUCGCGGGGAGUCCGUCGCCCGGGAGGGUCCUUAGGCGCCGCGAAGGGCUGGCGCUGGCGAAGGGGGCGAGGCGCCCGGCUCUUGGUCCGCCGCCGAAGGCUGAGGGGAGCGGGGCCCAUGGAGGAGCAGCCCCGGCUGAUGCACUCCCACGGCGGCGGCGGCGGCGGGGUGGGGAUGGCCGGGCACCCGGGCCUCUCGCAGCACAUGCCGGACGGCGCCGGGCCCGCGGAGGGCGAGGGAGGCCGCAAGCAGGACAUCGGAGACAUCCUCCAGCAGAUCAUGACCAUCACGGACCAGAGCCUGGACGAGGCGCAGGCCAGAAAACAUGCUUUAAACUGUCACAGAAUGAAACCUGCGCUUUUUAACGUUUUGUGUGAAAUCAAAGAAAAAACAGUGUUGAGUAUUCGAGGGGUUCAGGAAGAGGAACCAACAGAUCCACAGCUAAUGAGACUGGACAACAUGCUGUUAGCAGAAGGGGUAGCAGGACCUGAAAAAGGAGGGGGUUCAGCAGCAGCAGCAGCAGCAGCAGCAGCAUCUGGAGGGGCCGGCUCUGACAAUUCUGUGGAGCAUUCUGACUACAGGGCAAAGCUCUCUCAGAUUCGACAGAUCUACCACACAGAGUUGGAGAAAUAUGAACAGGCAUGUAAUGAGUUCACUACCCAUGUGAUGAACCUGCUGCGAGAGCAAAGUAGGACCCGGCCUAUCUCACCCAAGGAGAUAGAGCGUAUGGUGAGCAUCAUCCAUCGCAAGUUCAGCUCCAUCCAGAUGCAACUGAAACAAAGCACAUGUGAAGCUGUCAUGAUCCUGAGGUCCCGAUUUCUUGAUGCACGGCGGAAAAGAAGAAAUUUCAACAAGCAGGCUACAGAAAUCCUGAAUGAGUAUUUUUAUUCUCAUCUCAGCAACCCCUACCCCAGUGAGGAAGCCAAAGAGGAACUAGCUAAGAAAUGUGGCAUCACAGUCUCACAGGUAUCUAACUGGUUUGGAAAUAAGAGAAUCCGGUACAAGAAGAACAUAGGUAAAUUUCAAGAGGAAGCCAAUAUUUAUGCUGCCAAAACGGCUGUCACUGCUACAAAUGUGUCAGCCCAUGGAAGCCAAGCUAACUCACCCUCAACUCCUAAUUCAGCUGGUUCUUCCAGUUCUUUUAACAUGUCAAACUCUGGAGAUUUGUUCAUGAGCGUGCAGUCACUCAAUGGGGAUUCUUACCAAGGGGCCCAAGUUGGAGCCAACGUGCAGUCACAGGUGGAUACCCUUCGCCAUGUUAUCAGCCAGACAGGAGGAUACAGUGACGGGCUCGCAGCAAGUCAGAUGUAUAGUCCACAGGGAAUCAGUGCUAAUGGAGGCUGGCAAGAUGCUACAACUCCUUCGUCAGUGACGUCCCCUACAGAAGGCCCUGGCAGUGUUCACUCUGAUACCUCCAACUGAUCUUCCAGCAACUAAGCAUCCCUGGCAGUUCCCACUCUGCACCAGGCAGACAUGGAGCCUGAAAGGGGAGGGGUUUUCUCUCUUGUUGAAACUGUCAGGCUGGAUCCAGAACUGACAGGCAAACACAACAGGAGUCUAUUUCUCUUCUCCUUUUUGGAAUGCUUUUUCAGCCCCUCUGGACAUUUCUUUAUACUCUCUUCCCUUUAUUUUCUGGGUAGAAGCCACCUUUCCUUUCACCAUCACCACUGCUUAUCUUCCCACAGCAGAAUACUUUUCAGUCUGAUGAAAAAUAUUUCUAUAUUUUCAUCUUUUUUCUCUCUUUAAUACUCUGCAGUCUAUCAGGCUCACAUCUCCUUGUUUCUCUGGUGUUCUCACUACCUCUUUGCAGAAACCAGCUAAGCCCUUAUUCCCCUUUGGGCACUAUUUUUUCUCCAUGUAAGAACAAUUUUCUUUUCUCUGGUGAGUUGAAUUCCAGAAAUACCGUUACAGGUUGGAUAAAUGCAGUCCUACCUCUGCAAGGUAUGCCUGCAACACACCACUGCUACUAAAAAGAUCAAAAAAAAAUGCUAAUAAAUCUACUCCUAAUCAUCCUGUUGUGCCUUGUAUCAUAUCCCAGCCAUAUUGCCUGCCAUUUCUCAUCGCUGCUGUUCCACACUCCCACAUAAGACUGUAAAUAGCACUGUGGAGAAUUAUGUUAUACAAAGAAAAUGGACAUUUGGCGCUUAGAAUAAAAUAAUGCAAAUGUGGUAAGUUUGGAUACUAAGCUACCUUUGCACAAUUUAUUCUGGUUCCAGUAUACAUAUUUUAAAGGUUUUGGGAAUUUUUUGUACAAAACCAAGUGAUAUCAGCAGAAAGGAAAGUACAUUCAGGCAGAGAGGAGUCAUGCACAACCCAUAUUACCCUUUGUUUUCUGAGAGAUACCUAGGCAUUGCCCACAUAUUUUCAUAAGGGUUGGGGAUUUUUUUUUUUUUUUAGUGAUAGCUGCUCAGAAUACCAUAUUCUGGACAAGUUAUCCAGUUCUGCACCUGCACAAUGAAACUUAAGAAAUGGCAAAAUAUCCACAACAUUUGAUUGCAUAUUUAAUUUACUAAUAUCUGUUUUAUCAAGAGAGAGAGGAAAAUCAGAGCCCAGCUCCAGGAAUUGAAUAGUGUCGACAUGCUACAGUGCAUACACUUUAUUUUACCAUAAUUAUUUGACUGGGCUUGUUUGUCUUUGCACAUAACUUACAGAUUUGGGUAUAUAUCCUUUUUAAAACUGUGAUUAUUGCCUUGAUAUUGAGAAACAAAAUUAUAGUUUGAGCUUCACAUUCAAGAAAUAAUUUUUGUGAGGACAGGAAAAAAGCAUAAGGGAAAUGAUUGCAGUUGGAGGAAUUAAUUCUGGUUCACAUAUUGUAACCAUAGGAAUUAAAAAGAUACCCCUGUGACUAUUGAAAAUGACUAUAAAAACAUAUUUGCAUGAUGGAUAACCUGUUGCAUGUUUUAAAUGCAGUCCACCCUUAAAGCAAGAUCAGGCAUUUGCCACAGAUGACAAAAAGGUGACAGAUCUGAUUUCACAGAGGUUUACUUAUGAAAUUUUCACAGUGGCUGAGAGAGGUCCAUAGAAUGUUCUUCAUCGGGCAUUCAAGUGUCUUGGACCAACCUUCCUCUGACCAUAAGGAGGUUUUGAAAUAUGUCUCAAGUACUCUUUGACACCUUUGAAGGAAUAAAACCUGUCUCUGUGUUAUUAAUGGCAACCCACAAACAUAGGAGGCAGAACAACAUUCAGUAAUCCAACAUCCUUACUUUCAGAUGGAACAUCUUUAUCAAGGAGAGUGAGGAUGUGGUUUUCAAGGUGUCUAGCUACACAAAGACAAGAUUAUUCAAGACAGAUUACUUACAUAUUAACCCUUUUUAAACCAAAACAUUCAUCACAAUCCUAAUCAGGGUAGAGAAGGGUGCUUUUCCCACCCUGGCCAUACAAGUGUGAAGCUUCAAUCUAGUUAAGUGAUCAUUAUAAGUACAGAAUCACAGUGUGGUAGUUAUCUUGUAGUGAACUAUACAGAUUAAAAAUUAUUGCAUAUAAUUAAAGAUUAAAGCCAAAUGAGUCCAGUGUACUACAAAAUGCAAAGGUUCAUAAGAGGGUCAAAAUCCACUGCAGAGCAAAAAAAUUAUAGGCCCAACCAAAAUGUCAAAUAUAUUGAACACAUUUUCAACUUCCAUAAUGUUCUACACUAAUCUUGGAUGUUAAUUAAUGCAGAUGGUGAAGAAAAGCUUGGUUUAAAACCAUAACAUCUAUCUUGCAAUCUUAGACUUGGGUUAGAGUUGGAAGAGAUUGCAGUCUUAGUUGAAUUAGGUUCUUUUAGGUUUCAGGUUAUACCUAAAAAUGCUAGGAUAAAAAGAAACAUGAGCAGGGAAGCAAUCACUGAUAAGCUGCUCUGAUAGUCUUUUGGCUGAAGAGCAAGGUAUAUAUUAUUGUUGUUGUUGUUGUUAUUAUUACUACCCUAUUUUUCAAGAUAAAAGUCCAAGUUCCAAAUGUACAACAUAAUUAUGUCAGUAUGAAGAACAGUGCAGAAGUACAGUGAUUAUAGCCUCUGCUACACAGGAAUAAAAGCCAUUUCAAAGAUGUCCUGCUGGAUCCUGAUCUGUUUGGGAACUGGCAAUGUAGCUUUAUCUUCUGGCAGAGAUAGCUCUUGCUGCUGUAACCUUUACACAACACAUUGUAAUGUACCCUUGUUAUGGUUUAAAUUCAGUAGUUGCCCAAAUCUGUCUGUCUUAAACUCCCUUGUUACUUCUUAGAUGGAUUUUGAAGAAACAAGGCAGUUUUUAUAUUAACCAAGUUAGAUAUUAGUUUGUAGUGAGCUAAGAGUUUAAAAGUUAACCACAUUGGGUGGUGGUUGGAUGAAAUGUACCCUCAAAGAAUAAAGUUUGAUGUUCUGUUGAUAAAAAGUUAUUUCGCUCCAAGCAAUUGUUUCAGUUCUUAAUGGAAUUAUUGUUGUUACAAUUAAUUACCUUAAUUGUGCACUCUGUACCCAGUGUUUCUCUUAGCAGUAUUUACAUAAACCAUUUUAUUUUCAACUGUAAUUUGUGAACAAGAGGUGUAAUUCACAAGCAAAGCCCAUUUAAACAUUUGGGUCAAUGGUGUUGUGCAGUACUACUCCUUGCUCAUCUUCAUUUCAAACAGAUUUCUUAACUGUAUAGUUUGCAUGGCAAACCACAAUUUUUAAGAAAAAGGUACAUGGAGAUGCAUUUAUCUGCCUGUAACAAAGUACAUUUUCCUGAUGUUCUGUCAUGGUAUGGUACUAACUCCUCAAUGGAACUGGUAAUAGUUCUUUGCAUAUCCAGAUUUACUAUUUUUAUUAUAAUAUUGAUUAUUAAUAAUAAGCAAAAAUUGUUACCUGGCAACUGCCUUUUCUCAUACACUUAUACUUCUUUAUUUUCUGCCCAGAAAAACCUGACUUCGAUACCAAAAACAAAAAAAUUAAAAACUGCAGAAACUUUUAAAAAAAAAAACUUAAAAUUAAAAAAAUUAAAAAAUUAAGUUCUUUCAGCUUUAUUAACAUUUUUCAUUGUUUCUUGCGACUUGUGUCUUGUUCUUUGUAGUAUUGAUAAUAAUGAACAUUUGAUAAUGGAUGUUCUUGUAUAUUCAGAUAAAGGGGGGGGGAACCAAAAAAAGCAGCCUGAAUUUAAUAGUGUUUAUAAGAAAAAAAAAUAAAAAGUCACCCUGAUAGCACGCAUCAAAGGACAAAUUGUUCCCAUCCUGCCCUUUUUGUGACAAAAAGUGCAUCAUAUUUGCUUAGUUUUAACACCAAACUACCUGCAUUAACCCUUUUUUGUUUGUUUCAAUAUUUUUCCAUGCAUUUGUGAAUUAGUUCAAGAAUGGUAGAAAAUUGUACAGUUGUGCACAUUAAUUUCCUGUUAUACAAUGUUUUAAAAAAAGGUGACAGUAAUUCAUUUUGUAAAACUUUUUUAAAAGGUUGAAAUAGUGAACAUAAUAAGUGCACCUAAUACUUUAUGUUUACUAGGUUUGAAAGCCAGAAGUUACAUUUCUUUUCUGUUUCGCAUUCUAUGAAGGGGGCUUUUGUUUUAGGACCGGUUAUGCCUCACCUGAAAUGAAAAGGAUCUGUAAAAGAGACUUGCCUGUGCAAGUUUAUUUCAAAGCAGUUUGCACAGGUGGCAUGGUCCUUGGAGGGAUUGGAGUUUUUGUUUCAAGUUGGUUUUGAUUUGAUUUGGGGGUUUUUGGUUUUAAAAACUCCCUCCCCUGCUCACUUGUUACAUCUUUUUUUCCUUUUUUCAAAGUGAUGUGAAAAGCUUCAUUAUCAAAAAUUAUUCUGCAAAUUCCCCCCUUGAAAAAAUAAAUAUUUGCCAGAAUAGUAUAUGACCUUUUACACAACAUAACUUUGUGUAUACCUAGCUAUGUGGCAGAAGUGCUAAGAAACCCAGUUACUGAAUUGCAAAUAUAUGUAACAGGACAUCGGUAAGAGUGCCUGGUGCUCAUUUGGACUUAGGCAAUGCACAUUGGUCACAUCAUGCAUCAGCCCCAUUGUUCACUGGACAUCAAUGUACAUCAGGCACUUUGCUGGCCAUGUUAACGUUACAGCAGCCCUUUACUGGAUUCAGACUUUUCACAUCUACAUAAUUCUUAUUCCCACAAGCAAAAGUCCAUUUAUGAAGACAUCAUGCCUCAACAGGAUUCAAGCCAUUAUUAUUACUCUUCAGAAAACUGAAUGUUGAAAACAAGACCUACAGAAAUAAGCAUGGAAUUUGAAAUGUGGGACUUUAGCAAAAUAUUCUGCCUGAAAUUCACUUCUGCGUCAGUUCUGAAACUAUUUGUAGUUAGGUAAUUCUGAAGUAAACUUUUUGAGGACUGCUUGAUAAAACAGUCCUCAAAAAUAAAUGUAAUUCAGCACCCUUGGAACACUGAAGCCCUCGGUGAACAACUGUCUUUUCUUGAGAAUAGAAGAAACGACAAUCUUGAGACUCUAGUCCUCUGUCCUGCAAAAUGAGCUCCUAACAAAAUAUACCACUCUUUUCAGUGUGGUUUGUUACUAUAUGAUUUCAAGUCAUUUUCAGCUUAUAGCGGCCCUAAGAUUGCGUAAGGUUUUCUUAUCAAUAUUGAUUCAGAAAGCGAUUGCUCUGAGAGUGAGAGUGUGAUUUGCCAGACAGAGGUCAUCUAUUAGGUUUCCAUGGCCAAGUCGAGAUAUGUACCCUGGUCUCCCUCAAAGCAUUACACCACACUGGUUUUCUAGCAAGAUAGUAAGAAUAACUUUUGCUCAGCACUUCCAGUUUUCUGGACCACUGUGACAAAAGCUGCUAUUUACACUUUGGAGUGCAGUGGCAAGUCAAUGCUGUGAUGUGAGGAAAUCAGUUCUGCAGUAUAUUAAGUAAUAAUGCAGAUUACGAGUGUGUCUUUCCUUCACCUUAUCUGGAGCUAGAGGCAGGACAGUCUAGAUCAAAGGUUUUGGAGCAAACAUGAGCUUUAGCACAUAUUUUUAGGCAUUAAUCAAAAUUUCUGGGCUGCCAAUAGCACCACAUAUCUACCCUGUUUAUAUUUAUCUUUGAAGGUGGGAGCAGUAGGAAGCAUGUCAGCAGUUGCUAGGCAGCCAAAUUUUUCAUACUUUGAUCCAUUUGAUUUUCCCUGUGCCAUCAAAAUACAAAUAUCAGCCCACAUCGCUUCCUCAGUACUGAAAUGCUCAUAAAAGACGGUCAUAUUUUAAAAUAGAGUCUAACUACGUCCUGUUUAAAACUAUACACUACAAAAUUGUAUGUUAGCCUAUGACAGUUAUUUGCAGAUUUAAUAAAAGUCAGUAUUACUGCACAUUCUGUGAAUAAUACCAGAAGAAAUUUCAGUCCAGUCCAGUAUGAUUCCUGUAUGAUUUAUCUCACAGCAUAAAGAGAAAAAUUAUCUCCAAUGUAGACUAAAUCUCAUAUGUAGAAAGUGGGGAACUUUGAGGACUGUGAUCAGGGUGGUUUAGACAGAAUCAAAUAUGACUUUCUCUGGCAUUGGGGAAUAACACUGCUCAUACAGGGAUUUUCAGCAUUAGGCUAAUUUAGGGAAGAUGGGCUGCUGAUGCACAAUCCAGCACCUCAAAAUUGGUACUGUAAAAAUAUUCCCUCUUUAUUUGCAAUUAUUGUGAAGUUUUCACAUCACUCUUUCCAGCACCUCCUUGUUUUUCCCAUGCAACUUUGUGUAAAGCUGCUUUAAAAUAUUAUUAGUAUUGUUAUUAUUGGAAACGUAUUCAAACUGCAUUGUUUGUUUUUAGUUGCAAGUUUUUGCUUCUUGUACAAACAACCUGCUUUAUUAUAUUGCUUUCUCUUCUUUUGUUUUCAGUAGAUAAGCCCUAGGAGGUUUCUUCUUUUUACUUACAUAAUUCUUUUUUGCUCUCUUAAAGAGUGGUUUUUGUGAUUCUCACAAAAACUUUUCUGUUCAGUAAUAAUACUAAAAAGGUGUAGGUUUUACAGUCUCCUGAUUUGUACUACUAAUGCAUAUUCCAAAUAAAUAGUUUCUUUUGUUGCAAAAA